CGCUUGGAUGACGUCACGAGGCGCGGCCGGGUAGCCCGUGGUAACCCAAAGUCUGCGGAAGUGGAGACUCGUGGGCAGGCGGCUAAGACAGGGGACUGAGAGUUGUGGAAUCAUAAUUUGUGACAUCAGGUGUUUUUUUGAUAAGCAGCCAUUUCUGAUUCUGGAAGAUUAAGGCAGAUAGGAAGCCCCUCCUGAGACUGUGAUAAAGCUCUCGAACAACAACCGACACCAUGGAUGUAAAACUGGAGCCUUCCUGGGAUGACCUGCCUCUCAUGGCCAACACCAGCCACAUACUUGUGAAGCACUAUGUACUGGAUUUAGAUGUGGAUUUCGAAAGUCAAAUCUUUGAGGGCACCAUAGUGCUUUUCUUUGAGUCUAGAAAUAGACUUGAGAAACAGAGUGGUUCCACCAAGGAAACCUGCCGAUCAGAGUCAAAUGAAGCCUGCAGAUUCAGUACACCUGAACCCUGCCAUAGUCCUGUGACAGAUACAAGGACCUCCUCAUCCAAAACAGGAUAUAAUGAUUUUGCAAUCUGUGGUAAAGGUGAAAAAGAUACUUCUGGUAAAGAUGGUAACCAUGACAACCCGGAACAGGCUUCUGGGAUUUCUAGCUCAAAGUACUGCUGUGACACAGGGAAUCAUGGGAGUGAGGAUUUUUUGCUAGUGUUGGACUGCUGUGAUUUAUCUGUGUUCAAGGUCGAGGAGGUAGAUGUUGCUGCUGUGCCAGGUAUUGAAACAUUUACAGGGUCUCCCCAGAUCACAUUUGUUUCUGAGGAGCUCAGGAAUCAGAUUGUACAUGAACUUGUGACUCUGCCUGCAGAUCGUUGGAGGGAGCAGUUUGACUAUUAUGCUCACUGCAGCCAGGCUCCUGGCUGUGGGGAACUCCUGUUUGACACUGACACUUGGAGCUUACAGAUCAGGAAGACAGGGGCUCAGACAGCUACUGACUUUCCUCACGCCAUACGGAUAUGGUACAGCACCAAACCCCAGGGGCGAUCAGUUACGUGGACCUCAGACCAGAGUGGCAGGCCAUGUGUUUAUACUAUGGGAUCUCCCGUAAACAACAGGGCUCUUUUUCCAUGCCAGGAGCCACCCGUUGCCAUGUCAACAUGGCAGGCUACAGUUGGAGCAGCUGCAUCUUUUGUUGUUUUAAUGAGUGGGGAAAAUUCUGCCAAGCCAACACAGCUUCGGGAAGGGCGUGCAAGUUGGCAUUACUAUGUAACUAUGCCGAUGCCAGCCUCUACCUUCACGAUCGCAGUGGGUUCCUGGGCAGAAAUGAAGCCAGAAAUCUGCUCGUCCGAGGAUCUGGCAGCAGAGAGAUCACUCACACCUUCUGAGGCUGACUUCAGGUGUGUUGGCAUUUGUGGUCACAUGGAAUACCCCUGCCGCUUCCAGAAUCCUUCUGCUACCACCCAGGAAGUUAUUCCUCAUCGGGUCUUUGCCCCGGUGUGCCUCCAGGGUGCCUGUCAAGAGACCCUUUUGCCACUGGUCCGUCCUUGCCUCUCAGCAGCACACUCUGUCCUGGGAACACACCCGUUCUCCAGGCUGGACAUACUCAUCGUCCCUGCCAACUUUCCAAGUCUGGGGAUGGCCAGCCCACACAUCAUCUUCCUCUCUCAGAGCGUCUUGAUAGGAAUGAACCAUCUCUGUGGGACCCGGCUCUGCCAUGAAAUCGCUCACGCCUGGUUUGGCCUAGCCAUUGGGGCCCGGGACUGGACGGAGGAGUGGCUGAGUGAAGGGUUUGCCACUCACUUGGAAGACGUGUUCUGGGCCAAAGCGCAGCAGCUGGCCCCCCACGAGGCGUGGGAGCAGCAGGAGCUGAAGGCUGAUCUGCGCUGGCGUUGCCUCCAGGAUGAGGUGCGGAACUACCCCGAGGAGAUGCAGGUGUUGAGUUGUUUAUCUGAAACACCAAGCCUUGGCCCCAGGAAUACUGUGAUUGCUAUGACAACAGAAGCCCCUUCUCCACUACAGCCAAGUGUGUGGAAUAUGCAGUCAGACAGACCCAAUAAAGAGAAAACUGGCCACGUGAGUGACUCAGGAUCAUCUGUCAUCAAACAUGGGCUCAAUCCUGAGAAGGUCUUCAUGCAGGUUCAUUAUUUAAAGGGCUAUUUCCUUCUCCGGUUUCUUGCCCAAAGACUUGGAGAUGACACCUAUUUUGCAUUUUUAAGAAAAUUUGUGCACACAUUUCAUGGGCAGUUGAUUCUUUCCCAGGAUUUCCUUCAAAUGCUGUUGGAGAACAUCCCAGAAGAAAAAAGGCUUGACUUGUCUGUGGAAAACAUCUUCCGAGACUGGCUUGAGAGUUCUGGAAUACCACAGCCGCUGCAGACGGAGCGCCAGGCCAGGGCGGAGUGCGGGCUCGCGCGGCGAGUGGGCGCCGAGGUCCACAAAUGGAUUCGAGUGAACCGGAGACCCCACAAACGGAAACGAAGGGAGACUGAAGAAGUGUUUGAAAAGAACCUGUCUCCAUCCCUGAGAUUAGAGAGAAGAACACAGAGCUCUCCUUCACUUACUUCUGACCAGGUGCUCCAAGAGACAUCUACUGCUCCUUCCAGACCAGCUUGUCUUGCUUCUGGAGCAUCUCUUAGAGCAGAAGACUCUGAACCCCCGAACUCUGCAAAGCCUCGAGAGGACAUACCAGCUCUCCCAACAGGAUGCAGAGCAGGUCUCUUGAACUGUAGCAUCGCUGCCGUGGUUGGGGAUGAGGAUCCACGCAGCUCGGCUCUGGGACCUUUCUCCCCAAGGGCCCCUCACAUGACUGUGAAGUUAAUUUCUUUCUAUAGACUACAAUUGAGCACUUCAUAAUUAGGGGCACACCUCAGUAAAUUGAUUUUAUGAGUCACCAAAUGGGUCGCAGCCCAUAGUUUGAAAAAUGCCGGGCAGGAUGACGUUGCUCCUCCUCACAACCCCCCUGCUUCCUUCCUGCGGACCAUGGCCAAGGAUCCUGAGCUGCCACUGCCUCAGGAUGAAAAUGGAACCAUAAACCCCUUCCUCGUGGGAUGGGACUGUUAACAACAUGAUGUGAGAAAAUGUCUGCGAGCAUCCAUGACCUUAAUGUAAUUUCUGUUCAUGUAAGACCCACAGUCUCUCAUUUGUUGUGAAAUGGUCUAGUUUUGUUAUUUAGCUGAAACACACUUUGUAUUAUCUCCUUCCUUUAACCUGUCAGGGAGAGAGAAAAGCGUAAGUUCCCUGUUAGGAGCUCCUCAGCAUCUGGUCACAGAGUUCUUAGUCUAGGGGCAAGGUGAGCUGAGGGGGUGGUGGGGGGAGAACUUGCUCUAAAUCACGGUUUCCCAACCUUGUUUGUUACUUCCAACAUUUGGGCCAGGGAAUCCUCUGUUGUGGGGUGGCUUGUGCAUUGUAGGAAGGUGAGUAUCCCUGGCCUUGACCCAUGAGAGGCUGUCAGGAGUGCCACCCACCCACCCCCGGCUUGGCAAUCAGAAGUGCCUCCACAUAGGACCAAAUGUCUCCUGAGAGAGAGAGUAACACUUGUUUAAGAGCCCCAGCUCUGCAGCGCCCGCUGAUUCACAAAAGGCAAGUUUUUCCUCUGAUCUAAUGAAGUGCCUGACAGUUGGUCACAACACAGUGUGGAGGAGCUAGAAAGAUAGUUAACAAUGAUUAACGGCUACCCCAAGUCCACUGUACUCUUCAGGCUUCAAAGGAUGUAACCUUGGGAGAGGUGAAAACAAAACCUCUCUCCGGGAAGAAGAAGGAACUUCUAAAGUAGUAGUAGCAAGUAAAUCUGAGGAAGCAGAUUAGCAAAGAGGUACAAACCUGUUUGACCACUGGAACCCAGAGUAAGCCACGCCAGCAUGUAAGGUUCCGCUCCGCAAAGGACACGUUCAAGGUUGAUUGCAAAUGGAAAAACAUCCAGCUUUUCAGGUCUUCCCCACAUCACUGCCUUUCGUCUGGUUCCUGCUGAAGAGCCCUGAAGAGUUCCAGGAAGAGCCCUGGAAAACCCACUAAGUGGCCCCUUCCCAUGGUGGGCUUCACAUACGUGAAGGGGGCGUGAUUUGAAUACACUGUUACCAAGAGAACUCAUUGUUUGCUUGAGGUCCAGAGGGGAUGAUCCCAGGAGUGCCCUGGUCUGAGGACUCUGGUGCUCAUUUCUGAUUUCAUUUGGGCCCAAAGCAUAGUUUCUGUGAAUUGACACAAUUUCAUGAUUCACAGAUCUUGGCACGUAAAAAGGGCAGAGAAUAAAAACAUAGCCAUGUGUCACGUCUCUGAAUCCAAACUGAUCCAUUGCUGAUUCUGCCCAUUCCUUUUAACGCUAACACUCCUUCAUUCAAGGGAGCCUUCGCCUGCAGAGUCCAGGUCUGUUCCUGGUCACACGGAGCACCCCGCCCCUCUUCCCUCCUCUGGUAGCUUAUCCGCAGCGCUCCAGCUGCCAAACAACUAAAACACUUCUGUUUUGUU